UCCUUAUGUUCCUGACGAGUUACCACGUAUGUAGCUUUGUGGGUAAUUAUUGCAUAGGCUUAGAAAAUUCCCAAUGCCCUAUAAAUAGAGCGAGAAGCUCCGCUUAGCUUACACCCCUUUUAAGCAAACAGUCCGGUUUUGUCGAAACGCCCGAACCGAGUGAAAACAAAACCUGCGGAAAUUCCCGGCAGUUUGUUAUAGCAACGUGACAACAAGGUACAAAAGAAACGUGAAUGGAAUCACUGUAUAAAAAUAUUUCGGUGCUGUUUUAAUUAAGUCCUAAUAGUAAGCAAUGUCAAAAGUAUCUGCCAUAAAACGUGAGACUUAUUUUAAUCGUGUUCGCAAGCGUUGGAAGAGACGAGACGUCGUGGAAAUUAUCGAAACUCACCCAAAGUAUUUAUUCACUCAGUAUAUUCGGACCUGUCUUCGGUCCUUUUUGACAAACCAUCCGAAUAAAAAGAUUGUUCUAACAGAUGAGGAUUAUGUGGAAAUUGUGUCCCAACAUCUGGAAGUUACAAUUCCGAUUUGUUUCACCACUUUUGCACCCGCUGUGUUUUACUCGAUAAGAAAGAAAAUUGGUUUGUCGUCAGAGGAAUAUUUAAAAGUUGUUUCACCAGGAAAAGAUGAACUUUACCUUGAAUUUCUUUCCAAUUCUAAAAGUGGACAAAACUUUUUUUUGACAAACAACAAGCAGUUCAUGAUCAAAACGAUAACAAAAACUGAGGCAAAUUUCUUCAUGAAAAUCCUCAAAAAGUACACCAACCACUUUGAAGAAUACCCUCACAGUUUAUUGGUUAAAUUUGUUGGUCUACACAGCAUCAAGAUUAAGAAACUUAGCAAACCAGUAUACUUUGUAGUGAUGUUGAGCAUCUUUUACCCCGGUGAGCGAAUCCGUGCUCGUUACGACAUCAAGGGUUGUUUGAUCGGGAGGUAUACGGACCCACCACCUGAGGGCAGCAACGCUGUGGUGAUUCUCAAGGAGAAAAAUCUUGAAGGGAAGUCAGUUAAGCUGGGUGAACAACGCACGUGGUUCCUCACACAAAUAGAAAUCGACACGAAGUUUCUACAAGACAUUGAAGUACUCGACUACAGUUUAUUGGUCGGGGUGCAACCUUUACAGAACGAUGAAAUAUCAAGAAGUCGAAAACUUUCAACUGUUAUAAGUCGAGCUCAGAAAUCUGUAUCGAAGUCCCACAGCAUCAGUCCUCCCUUGCAUCCAACCUUGGUUGAUCCUCUCCAGGAUGAGGAGCAUCUUCCUGGAAUGGUGGAGACAAACACCACCACCAAUCCCAACCCCCCAUCUCCACAAUGCUCAUGUGAUUGCCAAGUCAGUCCAUCGCUCAACUUGCAACGAGAUGAAACACCAGGAUCACCAUUAACCCCACCACACGCAAUGUAUUGCACACGGGAUGUUAUAGGACCCGAAGAGUCGUUGAAACAGAACCGUCGCUUGCUACCUGAUUAUAGGAAUGAGUUGCAUGUGGUGGACGGAGAAGAGCGUUACUAUGUUGGUAUUAUUGACUUUUUCACGAGAUUUACACUGAAGAAACGUCUUGAAAACGCGUACAAGAAACUUAUUUAUCCUCCUUUGUCAUUCUCCACUGUUCACCCUGAUGUGUUUGCUAAACGUUUUCGUAAAUAUUGGGAAGACCAUACAGAAUGAAUAUACUUUUUGUAGCUGCUUAUUAUUUACCAUAGGAAAUUUUACCUUUGUGUUGUAGUCACACCGCAUAUAGUUUACUCUUCCAAUGAUUCAUUAUUAAAGUAAUUAUAUCAACUGUGGUAGCCAGUUAUUGAAUCUAAUGUACCUUGGGUAAAAGUCAGUUGUGUGUCUUUUUUGUUGUUUUUAUUUGUGGUAACUAACCAUCUUUACUGUGAAAUAAAUGUAGUUCGUGCAAACUA